CACGCGGGCUUUGCGGCUGUGAUUGUCGUUUCUCUGAAAACAAAACUUUCUCUUUCUCUUGUUCUUUCCCCCCAAAAACAAACCGAGCAUGGCGGACUCUCAAGAGGACAAGCUCUACAGGGCCGAGUACGCCAAGAGCGGCCGCGCGUCGUGUAAGAAGUGCAAGGAAAACAUCGCCAAAAACUCGCUAAGAAUGGCCAUCAUGGUGCAGUCGCCCAUGUUCGACGGGAAGGUCCCGCACUGGCAUCACUUCUCCUGCUUCUGGCUGAGAGCGGCGGCCCAGUCGCCCGCCGACAUCGCCGGCUUGUCCGACCUCCGCUGGGCGGACCAGGAGAAAGUCAAGAAGGCUAUCGAAAGCGGCGCACCUGCCGGAGGAGGAAAAGGCGGGCAGAAAGGUGGCACGAAAGGGGAGAAUACGCUCAGCGGCUUUGCGGUGGAAUACGCCAAAUCCAACCGCAGCACUUGCAAAGGCUGCGAGAUGAAAAUAGAAAAGGAUCAGAUCCGCGUGUCGAAGAAGACGGUGGACCCGGAGAAGCCUCAGCUGGGCCUGAUCGACCGCUGGUACCACACGGCGUGCUUCGUGGGCCGCAGGGACGAGCUGGACUUCAAGCCCGAGUACAGCGGCGCCCGGCUGAAGGGCUUCAACACGCUGAGGGCCGAAGACAAGGAGGAGCUCAAGAAGAGGCUUCCCCCAGUCAAAUCGGAAGGAAAGCGUAAAAACGAAGAGGUGGACGGCGUCUCAAAGAAACAGAAGAAGGAGGACGAGGAGGCGAAAAAAAGAUUGGACGAGCAGUUGAAGGAGCAAAGCCAGCUGAUAUGGGGCCUUAAAGACAAGCUGAGGAAGCAUUGCUCCAUCAACGACAUGAAGGAGCUGCUCAUUGCGAACGGCCAGGAGGUUCCUUCGGGGGAGUCCAACGUGGUGGACAGCGUGGCCGACGGCAUGGCCUUCGGCGCUCUGGAGCGCUGCGAGGAGUGCGAGGGCCGGCUGGUGUUCAAGGGCGACGCCUACUACUGCACGGGGGACAUCUCGGCCUGGACUAAGUGUGUGUACAAAACCACCAAACCCUUACGGAAAGACUGGGUCACCCCCAAGGAAUUCCAGGAGGUUCCUUUCCUGAAGAAGUUCAAGUUUAAGCGUCAGGACCGACUUUACCCAAAGGAGGCGCCGGCUCAAAGGCAGCCCGAGGUCAAAGCCGAGCCUCUGGCCAGCGCCUCCGACGCCCCCGCCAAGCCGCUACCGGAGGGCGGACCCGCGGGCAAACCUCUGACUGGCAUCAAGGUGUUGACGGUGGGCAAACUGGCCAAGAACAAAGACGACAUCAAGGCGGCCGUGGAGGAGCUGGGGGGAAAGAUUAGCGGCACAGCCAACAAGGCCACACUCUGCAUCAGCACCAAGAAGGAGGUGGAGAAGAUGGGCAAGAAAAUGGAGGAGGCGAAGGACGCGGGCGUGCGCGUGGUCUCCGAGGAUUUCCUCGCCGACGUCAAGUCGUCGGGAAAGGCGCUCCAGGAGCUGGUCUCCCUGCACGCCAUCUCGCCGUGGGGGGCCGAGGUCAAAGUGGAGGCCCCCCCGCCGUCGGCCGCCCCCGCGCCCUCCAAGUCGGGCGCGAUGGCCGCUUCCAAGAGCGUCGGCAGAGUGAAGGAGGAAGAAGGUAAGAACAAAGCCAAGAAGAUGAAACUGACGGUCAAAGGAGGUGCCGCUGUGGAUCCAGACUCAGGUCUGGAGAACAGUGCUCACGUGUUGGAGCAAAACGGUAAAAUGUACAGCGCCACACUGGGCCUGGUGGACAUUGUGCGGGGAACCAAUUCCUACUACAAACUGCAGCUGCUGGAGGACGACGUACAGAAAAGGUACUGGGUGUUCCGGUCGUGGGGCCGUGUGGGCACCACCAUCGGGGGCAACAAGCUGGACAAAAUCGGCGAUAAGAACUCUGCGCUCAACAACUUCCUGUCCGUGUACAAAGAAAAGACGGGCAACGAGUGGGGCGCCUCCAACUUCACCAAGUACCCCAAUAAAUUCUACCCGCUGGAGAUUGACUAUGGACAGGACGAAGAAGCUGUAAAGAGGUUGACGGCCACCGCCGGAACCAAGUCCAAGCUGGCCAAACCCGUCCAGGAUCUGAUCAAACUCAUCUUUGACGUGGAGAGCAUGAAGAAGGCCAUGGUGGAGUUUGAGAUUGACCUCCAGAAGAUGCCGCUGGGAAAACUGAGCAAGAGGCAAAUUCAGAGCGCUUACGCUCUCCUCACAGAAGUGCAGCAGGCCGUGUCCGACCGUGUGCCCGAUGCCAACGUUUUGGACCUGUCCAAUCGCUUCUACACGCUGAUCCCGCACGACUUCGGUAUGAAGAAGCCUCCGCUGCUCAGCAACCUGGAGUACAUUCAGGCUAAAGUUCAGAUGCUGGACAACCUGCUGGACAUUGAGGUGGCUUACAGUCUGCUGAGAGGAGGAGCGCAGGACAACGAGAGCGAUCCCAUCGACAUCAACUACGAGAAACUCAAGACGAACAUCCAGGUUGUGGACAAGGCCACGCAGGAGGCGGACAUCAUUAUGCAAUACGUGAAGAACACGCACGCUGCCACGCACAACACCUACACACUGGAAGUACAAGAGAUUUUCAAAAUCAACCGCGAGGGAGAGCGCCAGCGCUUCCAGCCCUUCGAGGAGCUGCAUAAUCGUCAGCUGCUGUGGCACGGCUCGCGGACCACCAACUACGCCGGCAUCCUCUCUCAGGGUCUUCGCAUCGCCCCUCCAGAGGCCCCGGUGACCGGUUACAUGUUCGGCAAGGGCGUGUACUUUGCCGACAUGGUGUCCAAGAGCGCCAACUACUGUCACACGUCGCAGUCGGACCCCCUUGGCCUUCUGCUGCUAGCCGAAGUCGCCCUCGGCAACAUGCAUGAACUGAAAAAGGCCUCCCACAUCACUAAACUACCGAAGGGCAAGCACAGCGUUAAAGGUUUGGGUAGAACCGCUCCCCAAUCGAGCGCCACCACCACUUUAGAUGGUGUCGAAGUGCCUCUGGGCAAAGGCGCCAACACCGACAUCGACGACACGAGUCUGCUGUACAACGAAUACAUUGUGUACGACGUAGCCCAAAUAAACCUCAAGUAUCUCCUGAAGAUUAAGUUUAACUACCAAACAUCCUUGUGGUGAGCGCCGACAACAGGAGAGCCAUCGAGUCCCGGGGCCUCGCUUCGAUUCCAUUAUAAUGUUCUUUUGUCACUUUAUGCUACUUUUCGACAGGUUUGCUAGCUAACAGCAUCGGUUGGUAUCACGGUAGGUACAGUGGUGCCUUGAGAUAUGAGAAAAAUUGCACUCAACAAUAUUGUACUGUAUAAAAACACAGUAAUAACAUUUGCCCUCCACAUAACCCACAAACACAGAAAAUGUGACUGUACAAGACAUAUUGUCCUUCCUUGUCUUGCUUCCUCUGUGGUGCUGAUUGGCGGUGGGCAAGCCAGCUUCAUGGUGCAUUAGCACCACUAACUGAUAUUGUCCUUCCACUGCAAAGAAACCAAUUUGAAUCGACGCAAGCUGGAUGUUGUCAAGUGUGCUGCUUCCAUGUAGCAGCAUGGUUCGGAAGCACAUUUGUGUCUAAAAAUAUCUUAAGUCAAGCCACUUGUAUAUCAAGGUACCACUGUACUUGGAAAUCCCUGUUUCUAGUUAAAUGGGGGUAGUUAGCCCCCCCCCCCCCUCCCC